CCCUGGCGGACCGCGAAGAUGGCGGCGCCCAUGGAGGUGGCGCUGGUCUCGGACGCCGCCGGGCCGCUCUGCAACUGCUCGGUCUGGGAGCUGCACUCGGGCUCCGCGCUGCCCGGCUACCGCGGCGGCAACAGCGGCCCGCGGGGACUGGCGCUGCUGGGCGGCGAGCACCUGCUGGGGGCCCAGCUCGGCAAGAGCUACAUCAACGUCUGGGAGCUCCAGAGGAAGGACCAGCUCCAGCAGAAGAUCAUAUGCCCUGGGCCGGUGACCUGUCUGACAGCUUCUCCCAACGGGCUCUACAUCUUGGCUGGGGUUGCUGAGAGCAUCUACCUGUGGGAGGUCUCCAACGGGAACCUCCUGGCCAUCCUGAACCGACACUACCAGGACCUCACAUGCCUCUGCUUUACUGACGACAGCAGCCACUUCCUCUCAGGGGCGAAGGACUGUCUGGCCCUGGUGUGGAACCUUUACAGCGUGCUGCAGGCAGAGCCCUCCCAGAUCCCUGACCCUCGCCACGUCUGGUCCCGACACAGCCUCCCCAUCACGGACUUGUGCUGUGGUUUUGGAGGGCCUUUGGCACGAGCUGCCACAGCCUCCCUUGACCAGACAGCGAAGCUCUGGGAAAUCUCAUCUGGGGAGCUCCUGCUUUCCGUACUCUUCGAUGUGGGGAUCAUGGCUGUGACUCUUGACCUCUCCGAGUAUCACAUGUUCUGUGGUGGCAUGGACGGAUCCAUCUUCCAGGUUGACCUCUGUGCCUGGCCGGUCCAGAGAGACCGGACCUUCCAGACUGAGCGGGAGAACGGGAAGGUCUUCAAAGGGCACAGGAACCAGGUGACGUGUCUGUCAGUCUCCACAGAUGGCAGCCUGCUGCUUUCCGGCUCACACGAUGAAACAGUCCGGCUGUGGGACAUCCAGAGCAAGCAGUGCCUGAAGACGAUGAAUCACAAAGGUCCGGUUACAAACGCCUUCAUAGUGCUGGCCCCAGCCAACAUGUUCAACCCGGAUGGGAAACCCAGCGUGCCUCUCCCCAAAUUCAGCAAACACCUCCACGGCACCGAGAGCAACGACGAGCAGGGGAACGAGGGAGUGACACUGCGCCUCGGGCUCCACCAGCAGGAGUCUGGGGAGAGUUACCUGGAGAAGGCUGAGAAGAUGUACUCGCAGAUGUACUCAACAAGGGAAAAGAACCUGGUGGGAGACCAGGAGCAUCUGACGAUCCAGGUGAGCGAGCUGGAAGAGGAGGUGAGCACCCUCCGGAAAAUCAACAAGAACCUCUUUGACUUCUCCGCUCGCAUCAUCACCAAACCAACCAAAUGAAGAGGCACCCCCCUGCCCUCACACCCCUCUGCCUCUCCCUGCCCAGCCCACCCUCGGGCACCUGCACACGCCGACGUGCGAGCGCGUGCAAGCACGCCUGGCUCGCGUCCUCGCCAGCCCCUGCCACGCGGCGCACGCCAGAGCAUUUGCCCGCUCGGUCUGGCGUCCGUUCCACAACACGGGACUGAGAUGAGCGCGGGGGCUGCGGGGCUGCUGCGUGCGGGACAACACAGGGACCGUUUUCACCCCGAUUCGCUGCUCGGUGCCGGCGGGGGCAGACUCGGAGCGGCUGGCUGCGGGAGGAGCGUCGCCGGCUCCGAGGGAGGGGUUCAGGACACAGCUCCUGCUCCUUCCCCACCUCUUUCCCUGGCCCUUUUUUGGUUUCUUUUCGUUACUUGACCCUGCAGUGCAGACAGAAAAGUGUUUUUCUCUUAAUACCGCUUUGAGAUUGGAUUUUGGAGACCCCUUCCGCCCAUCCUGCCCUGGGAAACACUGCUCGGUAUCGCCGGACCCCUCGGAGCCGGGAUCCCGCCGUGGGCUUGUUCUGCUCUCGGGACAGCGGGGGCUGAGCAGCUCCUGCCCCUGGGGGUGCCCGGGGGGGCAGCGCAGGUGCCGCCUGGGGACAGGCAGGGGGUCCCCAGGCUACCACGCCUGGAGAUGGGACUCCUGCACUGCCCAUCCAUCCUCGGCAAGCGGGGGGUUGUGGGGGGUGUCCCUGGGCUCAGAGUGCGGGGGGUGGUUUCAGGGUGCAGGGCUGACUCCUUCGGGGAGGGCCGGGGGGGCCAGCAAGGUGCUAUUUCCAAUCUUGUAAGCUGACAAUUUAUAUAUAUUUGGAUCCAGCUACUUUGUUUUCACGGUGUUCUGGGGAAUCGGCCUUUUGUAUUGUCACAAGCAUGGCAGCGGGGGUUGUGGGUUUUGUUUAGGUUUAUUUUUUACAUAAAAGAUUUGUUUUUUAUAGUGAAA